GUGAAAAUGUAAGUUCAGAAUUGCUGAGCUGCUUGCCCACACUAUACUGUACUACUACUUGGACUCACUUUAAGUUUAUGAGCUAAAUCAGCGUAGACUUAUGGAAAAUGCAACCCACAAUUAUCUUACUGCAAAAGAUGAGCCCUUAACAUUACAUAAUCGAAGGUUUUGAACAAGCUAAGCGACGUCGAAAGUAUUUUGUGAUUUUCAACUUCAUCGUGUAUAUAUAACUGUGUUUUAAUUUAAUAGACAUGUUAACUUUUAAAUAUAAAUGUUUUUCAAUUUUAUUUUACAGGUCCAAGUGAAUAACAAUGCUCAGGUGGGGCGUCCUCGUAAAGAAGUGUCAAAGAUAGCAAUAGAAAACAUGCUCAAGUUACACUUUACACUAGCAGUGAUUGCAAGAAAGCUUGGAAUUUCAAGGCCAACGUUAAAUGCCAAAAUGCUGGAGUUUGGCCUGAACAAGCCUAGUUUUGCCUCUAUUUCUGAUGACGACCUCAAUACACUUGUUAGAAAUAUAAAGCAAGAACAUCCCAACGUUGGGUCCAAGCUGCUUAUGGGGCAUAUUCGUGCUCACGGUUACACCAUACAGAGGAAAAGAAUUCGUUUAGCUUUGCAGCAUGUUGAUGCUCAUGGUAUAGCUGAGAGGCGAAGAAAAACAAUAACGCGUAGAGUAUACCAUGUGCACUACCCAAACUAUCUUUGGCACAUUGAUGGUAAACAUAGACUCAUAAGGUGGAGGUUCGUGGUUCCUAUUGGCAUAGAUGGUUAUAGCCGUACCUGUGUUUUUAUUGAGUGUAGUGGCAAUAAUAGAGCAAAAACUAUUGAAAAUGUUUUUCGCAAUGCUGUUACCAUUUUUGGAGAACCGAAACGGGUUCGUAGUGAUUUUGGGGGA